AUGAAGUCUCGAUCGCAAGGCACCCCUAGUCGGCUAUCCCUUGGAAUGUUAAAACUGGCAAGUCUCGGAGCCAAUCAGUGGUCGGGAACCGCUGGUGGCGAUUCUCUGGUUCGCACGAGUGUCUCGCAAGCUAGGCUGGAUGAACUGCUGGUACUCGAGCUUCGAAAAGACGGUGGGCGAGGGUACCUUACCUUCAGUAUACGAGGUCUCUACAAAUUCGUGCUUACCUCCAUCACCAAUCCCCACCAUUCAUUACAGGAGAAUAUCAGGCCCACAGUUUCUCCGCCCGUCACGGUGACGGAACCUUCGAUACAUGACGCAGAGGAAGAAAAUUCGGAAAAUGCUGGCAGCGGCUCAAUCGUUGCAGAUGAGGACGAGCAGGUUACGUUCGCAGUACCAACCGAGACCAUUCCGCCGGACGCUGCAGAGGAAGCUCAGGAUUCCAGACGUGCCGAAAUUGUGGAAUCAAAGCCAGUCGUUAUGUUAAAAGAUAUGAAAAGAUGCAACAGGGCAUCCAUAUCAGGAAUGCAGCCAAAUAAAGUCACCGAAGAUGGAGGAACGACGGAUGAACAAGUGGCGGGCGAAGGAGAGAUGACGUACAGAGAUCGGUUGGGUGGGUACCUACACCCGCGCGAUAUGAGGAAGCUGACUGCUCCUUUCUCAGCAUCUGUCGAACCCGAGCUUAUGGUGCGGCGUCACGUAGUGCUUCUAAACUUUGAUCCGUUUCGGGCAAUUAUUUUGCGCGACCGGCUUCUUAUUCUCGUUCCCGACGGAGCGGAUUCAAUCCUGGUUCAGUUGGAACAGCGGGUACGCGGGGGAACGGCGGAAUUAGAGAAUUCCGUUUUUGGAGCAAGAUCGGAGCAUGUGCAUAUCUCUGAUCCUAAGGAGACACGACCAACUAGUGGAUUCGUCAACAUUUUUGACAAGCUCGUUCGCAAGCCGACUGGUUCCGAUGACCACGGCGUCAGCUCCACCAGCAAAAGUUCCGACAGACAAAAUACGUUGCAAACUGUGGGACGACGGCUAAAUUUGUCUUCUAUCAAGAAACCCGUGGCCAAUAGUCAACAGAGUUAUAUGGCAAAAAUUUCAAAGAAUAGCGAUGAUUGGAAGCUGCCUACUGUUUACGACUUUGGCGAUGAGUGGAACGAAAUCCACGGACGCGCUUGGAUCGAUAUUCCAUUUGAACUUCAAUGUAUUGAUGCCUGCCUCUACUCAGUAUGCGAGAUCCUUACGAACGACACAACCUCCAUUCAAGAGGUGGCGAAGGACUAUAUCGAGGACAUAUUGUCUGGUCGUUUUGGUUUAAUGGAGGAUCCGCUCAUGGCUAUUCGACAUAUCAAAGAUGCAAUUCGGGAAAUGCGUUCCCGAGUAAAUAGUUUUGUCAAGGCACUCGAUAGAAUCCUUGACAAUGACGAGAAUAUGGCUUUAAUGAACCUUUCUCGUCUCCUGACGCAUCCUGACCGUUUUCUUCAAUCUACCUCUUCUGCCAUUCUUGAAGAAGAGGCUGAUGAGGUAGAGCUGGUACUUGAAGAAAAGCAAUCGAGCGGUUUCACACUGCAAAAUGCGCUGCGGUUGGUAGAUGGCCAGGUUGAUACGGCUUCCGAUCUACUUGACCAAAAGCAAGAUGCCAUUCGGAAUAGGCUUUUGUUCGCAAACAUGAUCAUUAGUGUGUUCUCGCUCUGUGUUGCGUCGGCAUCCUUUGUAGGGUCUAUCUUUGGAAUGAACGUGCCGAUCUUUUUGGAAGAAAAUUCAAACGCCUUUCGACAGAUCACAAUAAGUACGAUUACAGGUGCCCUGUUUCUCGGUGUUUCGAUAAUGUCUGCCCUCAUUUGGACUGGAACAAUUCCACGAGCUCGAUUGGGUUAA